UGUCAUCUCCCCGCCUCACCCGGGCCUGGCCCUCCUAGGCUGGCAUGCUCCUCUCUGCCAGACGCAGCCAGCGGGUGGCAGGCGCUGUGUCAGGAUGCCCAGCAUCUUCGCCUACCAGAGCUCUGAGGUGGACUGGUGCGAGAGCAACUUCCAGCACUCGGAGCUGGUGGCCGAGUUCUACAACACGUUCAGCAAUGUCACCUUCUUCAUCUUUGGGCCUCUCAUGAUGUAUCUGAUGCAUCCCUACGCCCAGAAUCGCUCCCACAGCAUUUAUGUCUUCUGUAUCCUCUUCAUGUUCAUAGGCCUGUUCUCCAUGUACUUCCACAUGACACUCAGCUUCCUGGGCCAGCUCCUGGACGAGAUCUCUAUCCUGUGGCUGCUGGCCAGCGGCUACAGCAUAUGGCUGCCUCGCUGCUACUUUCCCACCUUCGUAGGGGAGAACAGGUCCCAGUUCACCUGCCUGGUCAUCAUCGCCACCGUGGUCAGUACCUUCCUGUCCUUUCUGAGGCCCACAGUCAACGCAUACGCCCUCAACGGCAUUGCCCUGCACAUCGUCUACAUUGUGUUCCAGGAGUACAAGAAGACCAGCGAUAAGGAGUUUUGUCGUGUAAUUGAGGUCUCCAUGCUUUUAUGGGCUCUUGCAUUUGCCAGCUGGAUUAGCGACCGUUUUCUCUGCAGUUUCUGGCAGCGGAUUAAUUUCUACUACCUGCACAGCAUCUGGUAAGCACUCAGCCUAUGAUCGGGGCCUCCAGAACCAGGAAAUCUCAGAUGCCAGAGCUUGGAGCAGGAGCCUGGGGGCAGAAAGGGGAGGCACAGAUGCGGGGAUGUGUGUGUGUGUGCAUGUAGGGUGCUGGUUGCAGUCAGGGGUCAGGUCCAGAAGGUCCCUUUGAAUGGUCAGGAUCUAUGAGAAGUAAGGAGAGGACUGAGGUGGGGCUGGGGACAUCAAGCUGGCUGCAGGGACAUCUUGUGCUCUCACCAUCCUCUCCCUGCAUCCCACAGGCAUGUACUCAUCAGCAUAACCUUCCCUUAUGGCAUGGUCACCAUGGCCCUGGUGGAUGCCAGGUACGAGAUGCCAGACCAAACCCUCAAAAUCCGCUACUGGCCUCGGGACACUUGGCCCGUGGGGCUGCCCUACGUGGAAAUCAACAAUGACAACAAGAAAUACUGAGGUCUGCCGGCUUCCUGGCUAUGCAACCACCUGCCAACUCACCUGCGUCUUGAGGAGAGACACCUGGACC